UCUUACUCUUCGGUCCCCCUCCUCUCCUCUCCUCUCCUCUCAUAGAGAAGACGAAGAAGAAGAAGAACGAAGAGAGAUCCCUCUCAAAUUCCUCCCCUUUCUUUUAAUUCAUUCCAUUUAUCGUCUCGAAUUAAGGUAUCUUUUUUUUAAUUGGAUCGAUUUAGGGUUUUAAUUUGGGUUAUGUAGGAUUGGGAAUUGUAUCUGAUAUCAAUCGUUGUUUUUUUUUCCCAUUAUCUUUUUGGAUUGUUCGAAUCCGUACAAGAGACUCAGUGAAAUUUUUGAUGCUGAUAUUUUUUUUGCUUGCUAUCGAAAGUUGAGGGUUUUCUUGUGAGAUCUAGUGUAGGGUAGAGAAAAUUGAGUGGAAAACAUAAUAGAAAUAGGUUAGAUUGAGAUUAGUUGAAAAAUGGAUUAUUGUGUUGGAAUUUGAGGCAAAAAAAGCAAAAAGAUCGGGUUUUCCUGUGAAAUCCGAGAAAAAAUUAGGGAUUUCUUUUUUUGGGUAGGAUAUCUAAGAUGACCCUGAAUUUUAGUCCCUACUCUGUAUUUCCUGCUUCGAUCCGGUCCGAUGAUGAUUUUGGAUCCCUGGUUUGGGAUAAGGGCGUUGAGAAUUGUGGCAGUCCUAAUUUUUUUGCCUAUGAGAAUGGAGGGGGGAGAGAUUGGACCGAUCCUAUCGAUUUGUUGCCGGCGGACCCUUUUGGUAUGGAGCUGAGUUCUAAUCUGGCUGCUGCCAUUGUUGGCUGGUUUGAGGAUCUUGGUGCCAGUUCUAGUGAUUGUAAGGUUUAUUGUUGGAAUGGGGAUUAUCAAAAUCCUGGUGGUUGGUUUGAUGAUACAUUUGAGUUUUUUGUGGGAGCUGAGGAGACUUCGACUUCGACUUCAAGUGGGUCUGGAGAGGACCUUCCACAUGAGGGCUUGAUGCUCUCGCUUGGUUAUCUGGGUGUUCAGGAUCUGCUUUCUGUUGAAAGGGUCUGUGAAGCUUUUCGUUCUGCUGUACAAAAUGAUCCUUUGUUGUGGAGAUGUAUUCACAUCGAUUCUCCUUUGAGCGAGAGGAUUACCGAUGAUGCUCUCCUGAGGUUGACCCUCAGGUCUCAGGGGAGUUUGCAGUGCUUGAGCUUGGUGGGGUGCUCGAGGAUCACUGAUGAGGGGUUGAGGAAGGUGCUUGAGAGCAACCCGAUGCUUCAAAAGUUGAGUAUAUCUGGUUGCCUCAGGCUAACCUUGGAGGGUGUCAUUAGCAAUCUUAAAGCAUUCAAAUCUUCACGUGUGACGGGAAUAAAGCACCUGAAACUUGGUAGAUUGUUCACUGUCUCGCAAGAGCAAUAUGAUGAGCUGCAGAAGUUACUUGGUGGAGAUGAACUCAAUCAGCCGAAACCAUCUAACCCAAGGUUUUAUCAUCGCGGCGUCUCUUCUAUUGCCUGUGAUGAUAGUGAUCGUGCCCUUGAUAUCGAGUUGUGUCAAGGGUGUCAGAAGUUUAAGCUGGUGUUUGAUUGUCCUUCAGAAAGUUGUCGGGCAAAAGGACCGGAGAAUUGUAGGGCAUGUGAUGCUUGCAUCGGGAGGUGUGUGCAGUGUGGGAGGUGUGUGAAUGACUGCAGAUUUGUGGAGACUUUCUUCCUUGACUAUCUUUGUUCUGGAUGUUGGAAGCAAGCGCCUCUAAGUUAGAGUGAGCGAAUUUGCUUCCAUGUGCAUUUGUUUUGCUAGCUGAGGCCGUGGAUGAGGAUAGGCCUUAAAGCUAUGACAUUUGUGCACAAGAGUUCAGAGUAUUUAGUAAUAUGAAACAGAAAAGUCAAAAAAAAGAGGGGAAAAAAGGGAAAAAAAAAAGAAAAAAGAAAGAAAAAAGAAGAAAAGGAAUAAAAAAAAAGGAAAAUAUGAUCUCCAAUGUUUUAAGUGUAAAAAAGAAACAAGAAACAGGGGGUAUCUUCAGGGAUGAGUUGCAAUGGAGGCAGUUUUGAACUCUUCUAUAACACACUCUAGGAAGAUGCACAUUAUUUCUCUGACACGAUGUUCCUCAUGCAGUUAAGUGAAAUUUCUUCAAUAUGACGUGCACCAGAGUUAAGGGUAUUUAGUAAUACGAGAACAGGAGGAAAAAUAAAAAAAAAAAAGGAAAAAGGAAAAGAAAAUGAAAAAAGUGUACGGAGUCUUAACGAGGAAGUGUUACAAAGAAAGGACAGGAAAGCAAGUAACCAGUAGAUGUUGGGAAGCCCUUUUUAAUGAGUUACUUUGGGGGUGUAUUUGAGGACAGCAUCUUUGUAGAUGAGCUGCAAUGAGGUCAGUGUUGAACUGUUCUGUAACUUCCGCUUGGCAAGGUACAGUCAUUAUUUCUCCGACAUAAGGCUUCUCUUGUAUUAUGUGUAGGUUCAUGGGAGCCAGGUAAAUGGUUAGGCUUCUUUGCAAGACUAGGCCACUGGCUACAUGCAACGGGGUCUAGUCGGUGGCUAGGCUUGGUGGAUCUCUUUUCAUCUGUCCAGUCAAUGGCUAGGCUUGGUGGAUCUCUUCUCAUCUGACCAAGGAUUUUGUUGCGGAUGUAGAAUAUUUUAUGUAUACUUUGAGAUGCAUUUCUCAUGGAUGGAUUUUAUCAUGUGAUCUCAAUGUACCAGUAUAUGUUAGUUGUUUUAGGGGUUCACUGAUGAUGGAUUGUGGUAUUUGGAUGGUUACUGGAGCAGUUGAGCCUUCUAUCCUAUUUAUGUGCAUUGUGUAUCUGCUGUACUGCCUGUUAGAUAUUUAGUGGCUGAUAUCUCGUUA